UUGUGAUUUAUUUGUAUUUGUGUAGAAAACAAAAUCAAUCAGCUCUCUAUCUGUAUUAUUUCUUCUUGUCAAACAGAAUAUUCACUGAAUAAUCUGAAAUUGUAUCAAUCAACAACUUUUAUCAUUGAUCUCAAUAUCACCAUUAUUAAAAUUAAAAAAAUUGUCUUUUUAAGCUGACACUCCCAAAACAAAGAAGCUUCAUCCAUGGCUGUAAACUUGAAAAAUCACUGCUUGUUAAUCACAGUAUUGUUCCUCUGUUGUUUCUGUCCAUGGCGGCAGAUAAAUGGGUAUGAAUCACUAUUUCAUCCAAAAGAUAUUCUGCCUCUGUUACCAAGACAGGUAUCUUGGCCUAUUGUCAAUUCUCUUCACAGUGCUGUGGACCUGUUGCCUGCUUUUAUGGGUGCUGCUUCAAUUGAAGGGAAUAAUACAUUGGAGUGGAAAGGUGCUUGCUUUUUCAAGAAUAUUGCUUGGUUGGAGCUUCACAACAAAUCUAAAAGUCAAUUUGGUGGUGGAACCCUUCAUAUCAAGGUGAGCAAUGCACACAGUUGGACAUGUAUGGACCUUUACAUCUUUGCAACCCCAUAUCGUGUAACAUGGGACUACUACGUAUUGUCUCGUGAACAUACUCUUGAAAUCAAAGAGUGGGAGUCUCAGGCUGAGUUAGAAUAUGUCAAACAUAAAGGUAUCUCAAUUUUCCUAAUGCAAGCAGGAAUGUUAGGAACCCUUUCAGCACUAUGGGAUGUUCUUCCUUUGUUCUCGAACACUGGAUGGGGUGAGAACUCAAAUAUUGGUUUUCUCAAGAAACAUAUGGGUUCUUCAUUUGAAAAACGUCCGCAGCCAUGGGUUACCAACCUUACUAAUACUGAUGACAUACAUUCUGGAGAUUUUCUUGCAAUAUCAAAAAUUAGAGGUCGUUGGGGUGGUUUUGAGACUUUAGAGAAAUGGGUAUCAGGAGCUUAUGCUGGCCAUUCUGCUGUUUGCUUGAGAGACUCCGAAGGAAAACUAUGGGUUGGCGAAUCUGGAAAUGAGAAUGAUAAGGGAGAAGAUGUUAUUGCUCUAUUGCCUUGGGAAGAGUGGUGGGAAUUUGAGUUGACAAAAGAUGAUUCCAAUCCACAUAUUGCAUUGCUCCCUUUGCACCCUGACCUCCGUGCCAAGUUUAAUGAAACUGCUGCUUGGGAAUAUGCAAAAAGCAUGACAGGCAUGCCUUAUGGUUUCCACAACUUAAUAUUUAGCUGGAUAGACACAGUCGAUGGAAAUUACCCCUCACCCUUGGAUGCUAAUCUGGUUGCUUCUGUCAUGACUGUUUGGAACCAACUUCAGCCUGCAUAUGCUGCUAACAUGUGGAAUGAAGCCUUGAACAAACGACUCGGAACUAAGAACCUUAGUCUUCCUGAUGUUCUUGUGGAAGUUGAAAAGCGUGGAUUCUCUUUUGCCAAAUUGUUGGCUAUUCCAGAGCAGGAUGAUUGGGUUUAUAGUGAUGGAAAGUCGACAUCAUGUGUUGCUUUUAUUCUUGAGAUGUAUAAGGAAGCAGGACUAUUUGGUGAACUUGCAAGCUCAAUUCAGGUUACAGAAUUCACGAUUAAAGAUGCUUACUCUCUCAAAUUUUUCGAGAACAAUUCAAGCCGGUUGCCGAAGUGGUGCAAGGCAGAUGAUAAUGUGAAGCUUCCUUUCUGUCAAAUUCGAGGAAAGUACCGGAUGGAACUACCUGGAUACAAUAGUAUGGAUCUGUACCCCCAUAUGAAUGAAAGAUGCCCAUCUAUGCCUCCGAAAUAUUACAGACCACAAAGUUGUUGACAACGGUUUUCAACAUCAUCCUCGUAAUCUCAAAGGUUAGAAGCAUAUAGUUUUUCACUCAUCAGUUCUCAGGUUGUAUACUUGUAGUACAAUUUCCUAGAAUGCACAAGGUUGCUGAUGACCAUAUUCAUAUACAUUGCUCUUAUCUAAGAGUUUGUACAAAGUUUGGUAUUACUAUUCAUCCUGAUCAAUGUUGCACAGGACAGAAUCCUAGCUUGACAAGUUCCACAUUUUAAUUUAGAUUUAUACUUAACGAGUUUUGGAUAAAUGAAUCCAAAAGAACUUGUAUAUAUGGAAAUGAGUUGGUAUUCUAAGUGGAUGUUAUUUAUUUUU